AUGGAAACGAGCAGAUGCUAUGCCUGUCUUCGCCGCGUUCUGACGCAACUUACCGUGUUCCGAGUCAACCAUUGCCUCAUCGUCUAUCUGUUGGGCAUGCUGUUGGCCUGUCUUGGCAUCAGCAUUGUCUUCACCCAUCUCGGCCGGUUCUGCCAGAGUCUGGCAUUCACGCAAAGUCAGUAUUCGCAAGUGCUUGCAAACACGGGUCUGGCAGGAGUCAUCAUCCGCCUGACCACCGGUCCGAUCAUCCACUCAAUCAACAGAUGGUCUGCCGGCGUCCGAGAAUCCGCUAGACAGCAACCCGACUCCGCGGAAGAUGGGCUCGUCGCCACGGAGACAAAACUCGGUCGAGAUGGAGUGGUGCUGCCACCAGCUAAAAGUGAACAGGACAUCAUAGCAGAAGCUGAAGGCCUAUUAAGUAUGCUCAGCCAUUUUCACUCUUUACAGACUCAUACAAGUGACCUUCUGGCGGUCUCGAAAGGAAACAUGCAAAAAACGGAAAAUAAGUAG